AUGGCUACAGAUGCGUCGGAUCCACGAAUAGCGCGCAUCGAGCAGCAUGUACGGUGGCAGCGACGAAAAGAGCGACAAACCAUCCUCUCUAACAUUUCCAAACCCAAUAUUGGAUCGUUUGAAGACUCUUGGAGCCAUGGUCUCGAUGUUGCAUGGGGCAGCGACUACUGGGGUCGGACUCCGUUGCGGGACGACGCCAAAGAUGAACGGUAUCUCCCACUACCCGAUCUCCUCGACCCAGACUCGGACCACACUCUCUUGGUGGAGAAAGGGAACCCAUUCAAUCCCCACAAGCACAUCUCCAAUGCAACUCUUCCAGUCUCAUUAACACGAGCCAUGAUUGCAUGCUGGCAUUCGCACGCCACACUGAUACGAGAUAUUGCACUGAAAACCAGGGAUGGGGAUGGGAACCAGACCUUUAUCAUUCUAGAGGACGACAUUGAUUUCGAGUGGGACAUUGAAGAGCGAUUAGUAACGCUAUGGAAAGCUCUCCCGGCAAACUGGGAACUCGUGAUGCUUGGCCACUGCUGGUCGGACGAGCGUCGCUAUCCACCGCUCGUUAUUACACGUCUAGACGGCCGCAAGACAUCCCUCCAUCGCUCUAAUUCUCCAUUAUGUACACACGCCUAUGCCCUGUCGGGACGCGGGGCGACGCGACUCGCACAUCUCCUCCGCCACCCAUCCUUUGCAUACUCUCGUGCUCUCGAUCAAGCAUUUGCCUGGCUCAUUCGUACGCGUAUUCUCAGCGGAGCGUACAGCGUUGUGCCUCCAUUGGUCGUGCAGACUAAGGAGGGAAAGAGCGAUAUUUAUACCCAGAGGAGAAAAGGUAGUCGAUGGAAGGAUUCGCUCGGAGAUGGCGCACGCUCAAGAAUCCGACAAUGGUAA